AUGAAUGAGUUGCCGGUUCCGUGUGUACCGUGGGAGCCUUGGUACACUCAGAAACAAAAACUGUACACAAGGCAGCUGGUGUUUGGUAUAGCUUGGUGGCUGUUCUCGUUUGGAUUGGCGCUAUACACGGACAGUAUAUACCUGAACUGUUCGCCGCCCAAGCAACCGGGCCCUCCCAGCGACAUGGUCGAGACCUGCAUAGAGCCCGAUGAU